AUGAAUUUGGAUUAUAAUGAGAUAUGGGAGAUAUCCCUAAAUGAAGAAUCUAUCUUACCCAUUCUAAAGUUGAGUUAUUAUGACCUUCCUUAUUGUGCUAUAUUUCCCAAGGAUACUGUCAUUCAAAAAGAGAAAUUGGUUCAAAUGUGGAUGGCCCAUGGUUUAAUUCCUACUAAUGAAAACCAAGAAGUAGAAGAUGUUGGAAAUGCAAUUUGGAAUGAACUGUGUUGGAGAUCCUUUUUUGAAGAUGAAAGAAAUAAUUUAUAUCGGUAUGAAAUUCUUACAACAUGUAAGAUGCACGAUCUUAUGCAUGAUCUUUCUCAAUCUGUUAUGAAAGAUAAGAUGGAUGUUAUAUUAUGGAAACUAAGAGCUCAAGUGAUGGCUUUGGACAAGAAAUUCGUCACAUGUGGCAGUAAUGGUAAGAAGGAGAGACACUGCCAAUUAGAUGAAUUAAAAGCAUUGGAUAUUGGCGGAUCAUUGAAAAUUAAGAACCUUGGAAGAGUUAGUGAUACAUCUAUUGCAAGAGGGGUAAGUAUGGCUAAAAAGUCGAGUACCAAUAAAUUGGAACUGGAAUGGACAUCUGAUGAUAAUGAGAGCAAGAGUAUUUGCCAUGAUAAAAUAGGGGAAGCUCUAGAGGUUUCAACUACAAUGCUUAAGAUUUUGAGAAUGCAUGGUUACAAAGGUGUGAAUCUCCCCAAAUGGAUGGGAGACUCAUCUAAUUCUCUAAUACACCUUGACCUUUAUGACAUGGAAAAUGUGAAGCACAUAUUCACCAUCAACCACCACAUGAAUACUAGUGCUAAUAGUGAUGACAAUGGAAUGACAGUGUUAUUCCUUUUGUUAGAGAUAUUGGGAGUUUCUCACAUGAUAAAUUUGAGGGAAUUGGUGUCUCCUCCUAUUCCUAGUAUUGCAGCAUUCCCUAAUCUAUGUAAAAUGUAUAUAAAUAAUUGUCCAAACCUAAGGACCUUGUUGCCACAUCUCAAAUCAUUAAAAGAUCUAAUGGUCAGUGGUAAAUGUUCGGAUGAGUUGUUAUAUAGCAUCUCAAAUCUUAGUGGUCUCACUCGUCUCUCUUGUUGGAUGGAAGGAAAGAAGUGUUUUAUUUGUAGAUCAUGCAAUGCUUGA